UCAGUAACUAUAAUAGGCUUAUAAAUUAACGGCCAACGACACAGAGUUGGUCAUUCGAUUAUUCGCCAUCGAUAUCGUUAACAAGAAAUAGCCAUGUCGCUCCACACCGUUAUAGUUUUGGUUUCGUGUUUGUUAGCCUCAGCCACGGCUUUACAAAAACUAACGGAGUUAUAUAAAUGGUCAUCGUUAGAUUACACAUUUUCUAGUGAUGAACACAAAAAUUACGCAUUAGAACGAGGAGAAUUCGUGCCGGAAAACAAUUUGCCGGUGGGAAUCGAAGUAUGGAGAAAUAAACUGUUCGUCACUGUUCCAAGAUGGAGUAACGGAGUUCCUUCUACAUUAAAUUACAUACCAUUGGACGUAAGUUCAACUCAAUCACCAAAAUUGACACCAUACCCAAAUUGGGCUUACAACAGAGAGGGUAACUGUGAUGGUUUGACAACUACAUACAGAGUAAAAGCGGACAGCUGUAACAGACUUUGGGUUUUGGAUUCUGGAACUGUUGGAAUUGGUAAUACAACAAAGCAAGUAUGCCCAUACGCAAUCCAUGUGUUUGAUUUAACCACAGACAAGGUUUUAAGGAAAUACAAUUUAAGACCAGAAGAUACAAAUGACCGAACAUUUAUUGCUAAUAUUGCCAUUGAUAUUGGAUCUAAAGGAUGUGAAGACACGUUUUUGUACGCAUCUGAUGAAUUGGGCUACGGUUUAAUAUCAUACAGCUGGGAAUCAAACACAUCGUGGAGACAUACACACAGUUUUUUGAUGCCCGAUCCAUUAGCGGGAGAUUAUAACAUCGGAGGUAUCAACUUCCAAUGGGGAGAGGAAGGAAUAUUUGGUAUUACGCUAUCACCGAUUACUGAAAGUGGUUUCCGAUUAUUAUUCUUCCACCCACUAGCCAGCAAUCGCGAGUUUGCCGUUUCCACAGAAAUCUUACGUAAUCCCAAACUUACUUCAGAAGAAAUAUAUCACGACUUCGUUGUAUUACCAUCCAGAGGUGAAGGUGGUCAUAUUACUGCACACUACAUGCAUGAUGAUGGAAUUCUUUAUUUCAAUUUGAUCGAUCGGAAUGCUGUAGGCUGUUGGAAUUCUAGACUUCCUUAUGAACCUAAAAAUUUGGGAAUUAUUGAAGUGGACGACGAAGCUUUGAUUUUCCCCAGUGACGUCAAAGUAGAUUCGUUAAACAACCUUUGGGUUAUUUCCGAUAGAAUGCCCGUUCAUUUAUUGUCAAAACUUGAUUUCAACGAUAUCAACUUCCGUAUUUUCUACGCAACUGCCGAUUCGGCUUUAGCUGGUACAGUUUGUGCAAGCAAUACUUACAUUCCACACGAACAUUCAAAUUAUGUCAUCUCUAAAGUAUAUUAAAAACAAAACAAUUUGAAAUAUUUCAAUAUACAUAUUGUAUAGUAUACAUUAUUAUUCUAACAAAUUCAUUUACAAAAAAAGUUAGUAGAAGAUAACCUGUGGGAAGUGGAAUAUGUUUCUAUCAGUCAACUGUUCGUUUCAAAUUUUAGAAAACAAAAAGUAUUGAACUUUGUAUAUUUCAUUGUAUUUAUUUUUAUUUAUUAUCAAAAACGUAUAAAAACGUAUAUGCAAAACGUUAAGCGUAUUUAAUUCUAAAUGCAUUUACAUUUGCAUUUAUUAACAAAAAUACCUUAACUUUAAAUAAUAUUUAAAUUAUAUUAUUUUGUAAAUAUCUUGCUGUAGUGUAAUCACAAUUUACCUUUUAAAAUGAAUUAGUUAAUAAGUAAAUUUAAAGUUGUACAUUAUAAAAUUAUAGUGUACAUGAUUCAAUACCAGUUAUUCAACAGAUAAGUACACACAAACAAUUUGUAAUUCAAAUAUUUAUUGUGAAUAAAAAUAAACUGCUCUUAUAUAAAA